AUGAUGCAUUCAACUCUAAUUCCAUUGAUUGUCAUGACUGCUUUGACUUUGGCUGAUAGCUUGCCAACUACGAAUCAAAGUCAAAGCUCUGCUUGGCUUGAUAGUGGACUCGUGCCGUCGAUAAUAGAUGCUGCGCCAUUGCAUAAACUCAAUAUACACUUUUCUUCGGGAGUCGAUGUUGAUCUGGGCAAUGAAUUGACACCCACUCAGGUUAAGGAUAAGCCUGAAGUAAGCUGGCCAGUUGACGAAGAUAAUAAGAGUUGGUAUACCCUGCUAAUGAUUGAUCCAGAUGCCCCAAGUCGUGUUGAACCCACCUAUGCUCAGGUCUUUCACUGGUGCAUUGUCAAUGUGCCUGGAAAUAAUGUAACCGCUGGCCAAAUUGUGGCCGAUUAUAUGAGUUCCGGUCCACCGCCAGAUACGGAUUUGCAUCGUUAUACAUUUUUGAUCUUUAAACAAGCAUUUAACAUUAUCACGGAUCAAUUUAUAGCCAGCAACUCUCGUUUGGGCCGAACUCAUUUCGAUGCCCGUCAGUUUAUUACAAAGUUCAGUUUGGGCCAGCCUGUUGCUGGUAAUUUUUAUAUAGCUGCCUACGAUGACUAUGUUCCCAUAAGAAAUGCCGGAAUAGUGGACUGGUAACAGAUAAUAAAAGUGCAUACAUAUAAAUAUAGAAUGUAUCGUAUAUUUGUUAUAUACCAUUGAUUGAUAUACGAGAGUGUUAAUUUGUUAAGCACACACAAAGUGUGAGUGUGUAUGUGUUGUGUGGCAGUAAAUACAGUGGUUUAAA